AUGAUCUUUAGAUCUUUUACCCGGCGAUAUGGCCAAGCUUAUUCCUCAUUGAUCCAAGAUGUACGGGCCUACUUGGAACACUGCAUCGAAAACGAGGUCGACUUGUCAUCGACCGUUUUCCGAGGGACAUUCUACGAAUUAUGCGUGAAGCGGUAUUUGGAACGCCAUCUCCACGCAAAGAACCUCGUCAAAUGCGGCGGUGCCUACGAUAACGGAGUCGAUAUCAUGGGCCAAUGGAACCUCCUCCCGUUAUACGAGGCAUCGCACGAGCUAGCGGAUGUUAAUUCGCCAGAUAAACUACACGCCAGAUCGCUCUUGAAAUCAGCUCUUGAAACCAAGCUGGAAGUGAAAUUGAAGCUGAAGCGGCUGCUUUCGCUAGCGAACGACAUCCAGCUCUUAGUCCAAUGCAAGAACUACAAAAAGAGGCUCAGCGCAAGUGUGAUACGCGAGUUAUCUGGAGUGAUGGAGUACCAGAAACUAGCGAAACGGUCAACUUUCAUGUUUAUAGUAAGCCCGCAUCCAAUCACGGCUCAGGCCGUGUCGCAGUUGGACAAGUCGAGCUAUGCGUUGCUCAGCUUGCUGAUUUCGCCAUUGACGAAUGGCAGCAUGGCGCAUUACCAUGAUUUUGACAGUUGGCGUGGGGGUGUUUUGUCGUCUGUUUACAUGAAUAAAAACGCAAGAAAUUUAUUAAGUGGGUUGUAUGUAGAACAGCAGUUGGGUAGACUCAUCAUCAACAGCAACGUAUAA